AUGCCGCUCACAAAUUUUGAGAACGUGUUGUUGUUUCUCUUCAAUAUAAUUCUCGCCACCAGCAUCGUUUUUCUCAAUGCAUCCGUGUUUCUCUCCAUUCUGAUGAGUAAAUCCCUGCGCGAAGAGAACCGCUUUAUGUACAUGCUCAGCACGUGUCUAAGUGACAUCUGCUCCGGAGUUGCAUAUUAUUAUUGCGGGGUUUUGGACGUGCGGGAUAGCUAUGACUCCCCGACGCGUACUUUAUACAUCGCGCCAACUUUUAUGGGCCUGUCCUACAUGGCGAUUCUUGCCGCGCAGGCGGACCGGUACCACGCGGUCUCCGCGCCUUUCAAAUACUCCCAGCGCAUGACCCGAAAAAGAACCCUGUUGGUCAUCCUGGCAUACUGGGUUUAUGCUUUUGUGAUUGUGGCUGUUAAUAAUCUGGUUACAAUAGGAGUGGCUAAGAAAAUUACGGGCAUUGGUACUUUUGUGGCGAACAUUUUCACCAUCAUAAUCAUGAUUGGGUUGAACAUCAAGCUGUUUUUCAUUGCCAAAGUUCAGCUAGAGCGCGAACCCGCGAGCGCGGAACGAGACUACAAGCGCGCGUCCGUGUAUCUCAUCAUAGUCGUUGCAGUGUGUUUUCUAAUCACAUGGUUGCCCAUCUUUCUUCAUAUUAUUGUGUGCAAUUUUGUUGGUUCAACGUGCUAUACGUUCAAAAAUGAGGGCACAGACCCUCUGCGCACUCUGCCACGGGUGAAUGCAGUUCUCACCCCAUUAUUGUAUAUCAGGGGCUGUUCUGCACUCAGGAGCACCCUACUUACUAAAGUCUGGAGAACAGCAUACUGCAAGAGGAAAGGGUAA